AAGCUAACCAAACCUCUCAGCGUUUAGUCGAAGCUAGGGCGCCUGCGUAAACGGGAGCGCGCCAGGUUCUAUUAGAGUAAAGGGACUUCGGCCUAAAUAAUUUGCGCUACGUUGCAAAUACCAAAGUCACGUUGCUGCCCAAACCCAGAAGGCGAUCACAUUUGCAUGCAUUACUGACACUGCAUUGUUCUUACUGCAUCUCUAGUGUGUGUGUGUGAAGACUUCGAAGUCUUUCACAAAGUUUUUGAUCGCACAACAACAGCAGCCGCAGGUGACUGGUGUUCGCUGAUUCUGAACCAACAUCAUGACUGCCGAUGUCUCAGAGCUGGAAAACUUGAAAAGUGGUAACGGCCACGUCUGCAAAGUCAACAGCUACGACGAACCUCCGACCGACAGACGAAGGAGGCUUUUGAAACAAGUGGCGCUGGUGGGCCUCGUCUCUCUAGGAUACUUCUGUUUGGGCACGACGCUAACCUGGCCCUCCCCGGCCCUGUCGGACAUCGACGUCAACAAUGUCACUCUCGUCGGGACAGAGAUCUCGUUCUCCUCGGCUGAGAAGGAUAUGACAGGAAGCCUGGUCUACCUGGGCACCCUCUUCGGCGCCUGGUUCUCCGGGUGGAUGGUCAGUUCCAUCGGGCGCUACAGAUCACUGCAGAUCUCUGUCAUUCCUUACCUUAUCGGGUGGAUCCUGACCGCCCUGGGACAUAAUGUGGCGCUCAUUCUCACUGGAAGGUUCGUGGUGGGACUAGCGGGAGGCGCAACCUCCAUAGCCGGCUACGCCUACGUGGUGGAACUCUCCGACACCAAAAUCCGUGGCAUGAUGGCCACCCUCCCGACCAUGGGCAUCGUACUCGGCAACCUAUACACCGUCUCCUUCGGGUACAUCCUGAAAUGGCAACACCUGACUUUCGUCUGCCUGUUGCCGCUGGCGGCCUUCGCCCUCCUGACGUUCCUGCUGCCCGAAUCGCCCUCCUUCCUCGUGAUCAAGGGCCGCAGGCAGGCGGCCAUAGCAAUCCUGCGGAGGCUCAGGGGAGAAUACGCCGACGUCGAAGGGGAAGUGGCCGAGCUCGAGAGACGCAACGCCGCCCCCGCCAAGGACCAGAACGGCUCGUCGUGGAAGAUGCUGCUGAAGAAGGACGUCCUGAAGCGCGUCCUCGUCGUGUCGAUGCUGUUCUUCACGAUGCAGUUCUGCGGAAACUUCGUCUUCAUGAUCCACACGACGCGGAUCCUGCAGGCGGCCGGGGCGCCCAUCGACCCGGACGCCGUUACGGCCAUCGCCGGGGCGCUCAGGGUGGCGGGGACGCUGGCGGCCAUCUUCCUCCUCGAUAUCAUCGGGCGGAGGUACUCGCUCGUCAUCUCUCACGCCGUCAAUGCCGGGGCGCUGGCCGUCUUGGGCGCUUACGUCUACCUGGCGGAGAACGCCGGCCCAGAGGAGCACAUUUACGAGACCCUAUCGUGGGUGCCCACAGUCUGCCUGACCGUCUCUCUCUUCAUCUGUGACAUUGGCGUGCAUCCCGUGCCCUAUAUUCUCUCUUCGGAAUAUUUCUCCACCAGUAUUCGAUCCCAGGCCUCAUCAUUAUGCAUCUCUGCGGGCACCAUUUUCUCCUUCCUGGCUCUUCAGCUGUACAGCCCCAUGCAGGAACUGCUGACGCAGGCGGGGCUGUACAUGGUCUACGCCUUCGUCAGCGUCGUGGGCUUCGCCUUCUCGUUCUACGCAGUUACGGAGACGAAGGGCAAGAACGUCGGAUAGACUCCAGAUUCAGACUUCGAAAGACAGGGAGAUAAGAGAAUGAAAGAUAAAAGAAAACACAAAAGAGAAAUACUGACAGCGCGUUGUUCUCAUAUGGAUGUCAUUCUUGUCUUCUUGGAGAAUGGGUUUCCUGUCCGAAUACUUAAUUCCAGUUAGGAUUCAUAAGUACUCUAUUCUUUGCAAUUCUCUACGACUCACUUCAUUAAAACUACACAAGAAAUGUGCGUGUUCCGUGCCAUGAUUUGCUCAAGUGUUGAUCUUUCUCUUCUUUGCUUAUGAAACAUAAUUUUUGUUUCAAUUAACGUCCCUCUCUUCCUUGUUAUUCAGCAAAACGCUUAUUUUACACUUUUUUUAUUAUUCAGUAUUAAUAAUCGGAGUUGACUACCUGCAGAAUAUGUUUCACAGCUUAAGAUGAAGCGUAAGUGGAGCAUAACUUUCAAUUUUUUUCCUUUUGUUUCUAAGUGAAACGUAAGCCUGGUUAUACGUAAAGCAAUUGCUAUUUUUUUUCUUUUUGCUCCUAUAGAACCAAUGCGAAAUACUCGUUGCCCUUUUCUGGUAAUUUUUUUUAUUUGUAUAUGAUACACAGGACCAAAGGAAGAACAUGAUGUUCGUGAGAUUUUUUAUUGAACAUUUCAUUGAAAAAAAAAAUUAUAAAGCGAAUUAUCUGUGACAAAUGAUUUAUGGUUUACCUUUUCAGCUCAUGUUAAAGAAACGUGGGUAAGUUCUUCCCCUGGAGCAACGCUGUAUUAGCCCCUCUUUCAGGGGGUGAUAUCUGAAGAGGGGGGUUGGUUUCUCCCUACCCUACCGGUUGAAAGGACUUGCUCUACCUAAUCAUGCUGUGACUUGCGUCUACCUAAAUAGUUGUUAAGUCAAAAUAACUACAGCUGUACAAAGUGUCCGGAUUUUAAUGUCCUUAUAACAACACUUCUCGAAUGCCCACAAACACAUAUCCCGCAGCUAUAGUAGAUUCGCAUCAACCGUGCAUUUGACGUCUAGACCAGUCCCUUACGACGCUCUUGAUUGGCUGUUGAUAAGCCAAUCACAGGGCUGGAAACUGUCUCUCGAGAGAGCUCACAUAGGCAGGAUGUAAGUGCCACCUCUCUUGAGGAAUACUUUUGAAACACGUAUCCCUCAGGAGAGGUGGAACAUAGAUCCUACAGACUGAGAGUUUCCAGCCCUGCGACUGGCUUAUCGACAGUCAAUCAGGAGUCUCGUAAGGGACUGGCCUAGAUAUCAGUUGCACGGUUGAUGUGGCUACUAUAGUUGCAUUUGCGCAACGGGUACAAUGCUAAUUUCUCUUUUACUUUAUACAAGAGUUAGACUUGAGUUAUCCUGAGUAGCUGUUAGGCCGUAACUUCAAUACUCAACAAAAUCUUCCAAAAUAAAAACAAAACUGAAUCGCAUACUUAAUCACGGUAAUGACGAAGCGAGGCUCAUUCUUAAUUACGAAAGGAAUGGUAAUUUCAUCGAAUAUUCUUUAUUAAAUACCUUAUUUCAAAUUGCGUAGUAUUUUUAAGGAUUUUCUAGAAAGGACGCCCCUCAGCAAUAACCCGUAUAUUAAUCUCUAAACUGAGAAAGUUUAUUUCACGUGUAUGACUCGGAUAAUAUAAGAUUAUCUCGUAUACAUUUAUCAUAUGUAUUUCACAUAUUAUGAUGGCCAUGUACUUAUGUAUGUGUGCACAUACGUAGGUAAAGGUCUGUUUUGACAAGUAUUAAGUGAAUUAGUCAAGUAUUCGGCAUAAAAUUCACAAGUUGAAAUUCUGAGUGAGAGUAGACUUUAUUUGAUGGAUGUAUAUUUAAGAAAAGGUGCUAUUGUAUUUUGAUAUCAAUAAUAUUCUGUGUAGUACUAAGCGAUAUAUGCUUCUAGAUUUAAACUGUCUUUCACGAGAAAAUGUUCAGUGUCACGUAAAACUUCAAAUAUGAAGUCUAGUAUUUGCUUAAGUGUUUACAGUUGAAGUGGGACUGGAACUUUAGAUGCAAAAAUUUCAGUAUCACAUUAUUCUAUAUAGUAGUACUUGUAUGACGGACUCAAACAUAUUUGUUUCAGUAUUACAGAAGCUGAAGUAAAAAAUAAAAAUUUCAGGGCCAAUGAUUCUGUACAAAUAAAAAGCGGUCACGGUGUGGAAAUAUAUUUUUGGUGUGGUAUAUAUAUUCUGCUGACAUAUUUCUCUUUUUUUAUGUUCGGUUUUCGAAUGAAAUUUUUACAAUAUUAUUUUGAAAUAUGAAAUUAAUUCAAUUUCAUGUUACAGAAUUUUGUACGGAAAUAUUUUGCUACAGAAUAACAAAAAUAAAAUCAUUUGGUUGACAUGUUGUCAAUGCUUUUGCAUCGCAGUAUAUCUGUUGAAUAUAUAUUCGGGGUUUUGAAUUCGAAUUGAAAAAUUGUUUUAGGAAAUGAAAUGCACUAGAAAUUUAUAAAUGAUGAUUUAAUGUAAACACUAUUAUCGUAUAUAUUCUUUUAUUGCAUGUUUAUUGUUAUAUGACGGGAGGAUGACUUUAGUGGAGAAUUGUGGAAGUGAAAGCACGGAUUCGGCGGCAAAGAUGAUGAUGAUGAUUGUUUUCUGAACCUAGGACUCAAAAAAAUAAAGAUUAAUAACAAAUUAGUGAUUCGUAAAGAUUAGUCUUAGAUUUUACAAUUAUUUUGUGGCAUGAAACGACAGGGCAUUCAAAGUCAUACUUCUCGUAACAGACGCUUUGAGUAAAACUAUUUCCACUGCUUAACAUUUUCAGGGAAACUUUUUAUAUUAAAGUUUUUCAAUAAAAAAUUAUAGUCAA